GACGCGACGGUCUCUCACUCGGGUGCAGCUUUCAGGUGCGCUUCACCGUCAGAGGUGAAAACUCCUGGAGUCGGUGCGAUGGAUUUCAUCAGCUGAGCAGCUGAACGUCUGUGAAGAAAUAAAACAUGUCGCGGGGCAGCGACGCAGAAAAGGCCGAUUGAAGUGAAAGUGUGGACCGACGGUUUUCUAAUGACUCUCACCUUUCCUCAUACUCUGCCUAAGUUUCAAAUGUCACUUUCCUGUCGCAUCUUUCUUUCCAUGAACUAACCAAACCCAUCACACUUGCAGCUAUUUCUUCAUCCUCCUCUGCUUUUCUCCGUCUUCCUGUGCUCCCUCUGUUCAUACUCCUCCUCCUCUUCCUCCUCUUCCUCCUCUCCUGUCAUGUCGGUAUCCAUGAGGAACCCUCCCCAGCGCCGGCGCUCUCUGGGUCCCGUCUCCCCCAAACGCAUUUACAGAAACCUGUCCGUCAGACUGAGGGGCGGGGAGACAUCUGUUGCCGGGGAAACGGACGCGCCCGGACACCUCAGCAAGUCUGCAGAUGCUUACCAGACUCUGUGGGAGGCGGUGGAAAACGAGGACACUUUGGCUGUACAAAGCCUGCUGUCCAGAGACCACACCGGCUGUGGAGGAGGAGGAGGAAGCGGAGGAGGAGGUGGAGGAGGAGGAGGAGGAGGAGGAAGCUUGUGGGAGAGAGGAGAGAGGAAAGAAAAGGACUGGGAGAGAGAGAGGGAGAAGGGGGUGAACAGGGUGAGCGAACAGGGCCUGGUCCCUCUGGACGUGGCCGCCCUCACACACAACUCCCCGCUGCUCCACGUGCUGACAAAGGCGGGAGCCAGACAUAACCCCGUUUUGUGCCGACCAGCAGAGUGGGCACUUAAGCUGGACGCCCUGGUGGCACUGGCGGGCAAACGUGUGGACGACAGGAAGAGGGAGUUGGUGAGGAAGACGGGGGCGGGGCCUCAGGUGCAGUCCGACGUCCAGAGACACAUCCGCCUCUGGAGCCUCAGGCUUCAGCUGUAUUGCCGGAUGAGGGAGAACUUCCACAAGACAGAGCUCCCCGGCCCUCCCAGUCACGUGUCCAUAGUGGUGACCAGCACGUCCUCUUUGUUUGUGGCGAUCAAAGAGCCAGAGGGUGACAACAUGGGGCUCAUCACCCGCUACAGAGUGGAAUGGAGCUCCUCAGCCAGCUUCAAACGCAUCCUCGCCUCAGCCCAAGUUACAGAGACCAAGAAUCCCUCUUACAGUAUCAAGGGACUCACAGCGGGGGUGCAUUACUUUGUGAGAGUGAGUGCCUACAAUGUGAAAGGAUGGGGCCCGCCUCAGUGCUCUGCUCCAGUCAGCGCCGCCCCCUCCAGUUGGAGAGAGUGUGUCGGUGUCAAGUCUCAGCUCAGGAACCAUGAGGUCAUAGUGAGGAAACUGCUGGAAGAUGCCAGAGAACCACAUUACAGAGGAUACUGCAUAGAGAGCUCGAAGCCCCAGAGUCCCAGCAAGCGUCUCUCUGUGUCUCGAGGCAUCAAACAACUGUUCCAGUCCGCCACCAAGUUUGUUCGCCUCCUACAAAGGGGCGUGUACUUGGCAACUGUGUUCUACCACAAGGACAACGUCCUGUUGACAGCCGAAGAUCAAAUCCCCCUGGUGGAGAUCCAGUGCUGCUCCACCUCCAUCACCCACGACUUCCCCUGGUUCGCCAAGUUGUCAUGCGCCUGGCAACAAGUGCCCUGGCUCCAGCAGGCCCUCUCCUCCGCACAUUCAUCUCCCUCCUCCCUCCUUCAGAACAGGCACAACAUUUUAAGAGCCGUUUCCCAGCUGCAGUCUUCCCUGGGAACGGUCGACCUGGGCCAGGUGUACUACGAACCUCUGAAAGACCGGCAGGGCAACGUGCUACUGGUGACUCUGAAGGAGUUCCCAAACCCUCCCAGUCCUCCCGACCCCCCGCUCCACUGGCUGCCCCUGGCCCGCCUGGAGAAGAACCGCAGCAGGACUCCUCGCCUGCCCGAGCCCACUGCCAUGGACAUGCUGUAUGAGCAGCUCAAGGAGAAGCUGUCCUUCCACAGGCACAGCAUUCAGUGGGCUCAGCCGGGCCUGUACGUGGGCAUCCUGAAGCUGUGCAGCUCCGUGGAGCAGAUCAGGGUCCUGGUUCCCCAGAGGCUGCCCAAUCUGCUCUGCCACACCCGGGUCCGACACAACGCCCACGUGUCCAGGGAGGAGUGGACAUGGCUCCAGAGUCACGUUUACACCACAACCAACGGCAGCGUCCAGAACCUGCUGAGCGGCGAGGACGAGAGUCUGAUGGAGAGCAGCGGGCUGGUGGAGUUUGUCAGGUCUCUGAGAGCGGCCGUCACACACCUCCUGACGAAGCUCAACAUCCCCCUCUACAGGGCUUACCAGUACGGUGUGUACACUCGCGAGCUGCUGCAGUUUGGAGACAAGCUGUCCGUGCUGCUGCUGCUGCCCCCCAGCGAGGACUUCAGCUCCAGCUACUGGCCCCUGGUGGGGACCAAGGAGCCCGGCCUCACCAUGCCUCUGCAGAUCUUUGAGCUAGUUCACUUCUGGACGUAUGAGCGGGACUUCCUGUCCCAGUACUGCCAGGCGUGGGUGAGGCUGGAGCUGGACACUCAUCUGGCCCAGCAGGCUCUGCGGGAGGCGCUGGACACCAAGGAGGUGCAGGAGGCCCGGGAGAGGCUGAACCACAUCAGUGAACUUUCCCAUCGUCUGGAUGUGGUGUGGAGGGACGCCCGCUGGAUUAUGGACUGUCUGCAGUGCGUUCGCUCCAAGCAGUGGGUGGGGGCGGUGCCUCUGGGUCUGGUGAUGGGUGGAGACCCACCGCCCCGUCCCGACGGCGAGGAAGAGGAGGAGAGUUUGACCGGCAGAAUGACGUGGCCCAGUCGAAUGCAAGCACAGAGAGCCAUUGCAGCUUCUCUGUCAGAGAAUUUAGACAGCGUGACUCCACCUAAUGUCGUCACCGCUGAGGUCUCCGCCCCGGCAGGAAUCGAGGUCGCCCCCGAAGAGGCCGCUCUGGGGUUGACGGAGGGCGUCGCCAAGGGAGGGUACCCCGUGGACAUCACCGCCCAAUCGGCGGUGGACUUGACGAGCAUCGGCCCGUCUGAAUUAGGAUGCGCGAGCGCUUUAAUUGAAUCUGGACUCGAGCCGGCCGCCGUCGCACAGCUGGAAGUAGCGUAUACAAUGCUGGACACACAGGAGUCCUACAGCCGGGAGGAGGACUUUCCCUCCAGCAUCACUGAGGUGAUCCGACCGAUGGAGAUGGCAGAGUUGGUGGACAUCUUGCCCACGCUGAGUCUUAUCGAGGAGGAGAUCCCCAGUGGCCCCCCCACACCCUCAGUAAUGGAUAUGCUGGAGAGCUUUGGACUGGGGAUCGGUGACAACAACAGCUUCUUUAACUUGGGGAGUUCAGUCUUGAUCGAUGGAGCUGGAUGUCUCUCACAACCCGACGUGAACUGUAACAACAGCAGCGACGGCGUGAGGGGGGCACACGGCGAGAACGUGGUGUCACGAGGACAAGACGUCGUGGUGGUGGUGUCGGCCUCUCACGCCGCGUCGGGCGCCAGCGGUGGAGACGUGCCUGUUUUGAGCUGGGAUUUUCCUCCAGAGGAUACAGAGACUCAGCAGGUUCCCAGCAAGGGGCCGUGCCUCCCAGCGAGAAACCAGGUGGAGUGGGACAGACCCUCCGGCAGCUCGUCCUGAUAUCGACUCAAGCAGCAGCCUACGUCGAACUUCUGUCAAUGUAAAACCUCAGCAGCUGGACGCCAUCGAUUCACAGAGAAAAAGCCGAGUUAGAUUUUUUUGGUUUGGAAAUGACUUGAUCCUUAGUCCCUGACUUUCCAUCAGUGUCCACUUCACGUGACAUCUUGAUACAACUUCAUCUAACAUAUGAUUGCAGCUGAUCUAAAGGUGGAAACUUAAAAGAAAGAUGUCUUUGUUAGACUUAUUUAUGUGGUUUGCACAUGUCUGGACCUGUAGCUGAUCUUCUCUAAUAUUCAGUCCAGUAGAGCUUCUCGUGUGCAUCAGCUAAGUUAUAUAGUACCAGUUCUUAUGGCUUGAAAAUCCAUCACUCACUACAGUAUAAAGCAACACUGCCGCUUGUUGGAGCUGGUAAACAUUAAUUUAUAUUAAAUGCAUACAGUUCAGUUUUCUCUGCAGUCGAUAAGAAGCUGUUAUUCUGUGGUUUACCUCUGUAAACUUUUGGUAUUUAAUAACAAAGCGGGAGUGAGAUUUUCUAAUCCUGUUGAUCAUACAGUAACUGCUGUUAGUCGGACCAGUUUGCCAGUUUCGACUAUUUGCUUUUCUGUGGUCGACUCGAGCCGAGAUUCACAAGAAACACGAUUCAGACAAAAAAAAAGCCUAAAGAUAAAAUGCCAGUUUAACAGUCGUGAGAAGGACACGAAGGAGGAUUUCUGUGGUUUCUUCAGUUGUUUUCACAGAUGAUCCCUCACUACAAAGGUUUAUUCAAAUUCAGGUUUUUAAAUCCUCAAACAUUUCAUUUAUUUGCCUCCAUUUACCCUUUAAGUAAAAAAAGUGUUUGGUUUGUCUCAAUUCCUUAAGGAGCAUGAAAUCCAUUCAAAUUCAUGCAUGCAGAAAGUUAUUACCUCCGCCAAGUCGGUUAUGUUUUCACCCGUGUCUGUUUCUGUUUGUUGGGUUGUUUGUUUGUCAUCGGGAUGAAAUUAUUUGCUCCGAACUUGGUAGAGGGAUGGACGGGGGAUGGACGGGGGAUGGGCGGGGGAUGGGUGGGGGAUGGGCCAGGGAAGAACCAAUUAAAUCUUUGUGCAGAUCUGGAUCAUUUACUAUGAAUUUGGAUUUUUUUUUUCCCUCUUAAGUCUGAUGUGUGUUGUUUGACUCUGGCCUUGGCGGACGUUUGUGCUCUCACAGUGCCUUUUCUAUGUGUUUCAGUUUGGGAGAGGGAAACCUUAAUAAAAGGAAUCACCACAGGAACAAUGCAGACUGAACCGACUGGAUAAAAGACUAUGGACAAAUAUUAGACGUGUGUGGAGUGGCAGAAUGAGGUGGUUUUCUUAGCAGAGCCACAAAAACGAAGGGAUGUACCGAAAAUGCAAGAAUACAAUACAAUUGAAUAGAGCUUUUCUUUGCAGUUCAGUGCCUCUCAACAAAAGUCAAUAUGGCUGUUUCCAUCGGACGAAGUUCACAUUAUUAGCAAGGUUUUUAUCUUUUGUAGGAAUAAAAGAAACACAGUCACUUUAAACACCAUGAACAUGUGGACAACUACAUUUCCUGAAGGGCAAUAUGUAUUAAACUGUUAAGUGGGUUGUAAUUGCCCAAAAUGAUGUUGUUAAAAACUGCUUUAAAUACCUCCUGUGAAGCUGUCGCACGGUGCUUUAGUAUUCCAUGUUUCAUUUCUUAUAUUUCUUCUUCCCCUUGGGUGAGAAAAACAAAUCAAUGACUGUGUGGAUGUGCAUGGUCUUUAAAACUGAAAGGUUACAGUCUGCACACUCACACAGGUGUUCUCACUUAUUUUACCUAAUUAGACUUUUCACUGAGUGGGUGUGUACAGACUGCGCUUCAUUGACUUCCCUCUGUUGUACGUGUUGAGAGGUCGGGUAAAGGAUGGGGCAGAGUCUAAUCGACCGGACUUAAAAGAAAAUACCUUUUCACUGACUCACUGGAGGUAAGUGAAUUGUCAAAUUAAUCACGUCUCAUCCUAAUGAUGCAACAACAUGGGGACAUGUAUGUUGGAGAAUAUUAGGUUUAACAAGACAAUCUAUAGUCAAUCAAUCUGUUGCGUGUUUCCCCUGCUGUGUUAGCAAUUAGCCGCCAGAACAGAGUAGAUGUACUCUGAACGCUUUCCUAUGAUAAAGGAAUACAUUAAAGUUCUAAUUAACUUAGUGCCAGCUCUGCCUCACAUCAAAUAGUUACUGAUUAGGACAUCAAAGCAGAACUCAGUCACCCUUUUUUUCCAGAAUUGUAGUUAAUUAUUUUUGCUGGUGCCACUAAUGAGUGUGCCUCCACUGGUUCACAAAGGUUAAAUCUGAUUAAUUGUGUAUCUACUAUGUAAUUCAAUUGUGAACUUGAGACAUUUUUUGUUUUAUUUUGAAAGACUAGUUUGGUAUAGCAUUGUCUGUCUUGACUGAACGAGAAUUUCAAAGUUAAUUCACCGUAUUUUAAAAUCAUGAAUGUUCGUUACCCUCUAUUGGUCGAAAUGGGGAACUGCAACCAUCAAUUAAAUUGGUUGCUAAAACGUACAGUAAUAAGCGUAAUAAGUGGUGCACAAGUUUAUGUUAGCAAUGAAUAAACUGAAAUAGCUGCAAAGUAAGAAAAAAUAAUUGAAAAAUGAAAUAAA